AGCGGAAUGAUGUGACUCGGGCAGUGAACGCACCACGCCUGUCUGCUUUUUAGUUACAGUAUGGCGGCUGGGACUUGCAGAGGAGCACAACUUCUAGAUUCUUUCCAGAAAACUGUAGGAAGCCGACGGCUAUAACUCAAAUCCGCCACGGAAAACACCCCCUGGACUGGGCGGACGACGACGGCACAACCUCUGGCAUGUAGCGAGGCUUUUCCUUGAAGAUAAUAGGGGUGAUGUGAUGCGUGAGGACCCAGAGUAAAAAAACUCCCUAGAUUUUUCCGCGUCUGUUUCUGUUCUUACUGUCAGUUAUCCGGCUAGCUGCUAGGUAGCGCACCUAACCGCUAGCUCACCACCUUUAAGCUAACACUCGCUUGUAGGGCUCCGUAGUAGUCAAAAGACGGGCUAGCAUGCUGUUUUUAUUUGCCCCAGAAGACAGGGAUGGCAUUUCGACUCUAUUCGGUAAGCGAACUUGUUGAGAAGGGCGGGGAGAAAACAUUUGAGGACCUGGAUGAUAAGUUUGUCAAUACUCAUUAGCCUAGCCUAGCUUACUGGUACAGCGCCAGAAAACGUCGGCCGAGAGUUAGCGCUUUGCCUGUCUGCUAGCGACCUAGCAUUUAGUUGUAGAAGAAGACCUGCUAAUCCCCACUUCAUUCCGACUGAGUGCUUUGAAGCCACUGCACUAACCAGCUCAGACGACGAGUAGGGACUGAACUACUUUAGUUGGCAAACCUUAAAUGACCGUUAAUGGUUUAUAACUCAGGGGUUUUCUGGUGUUCAGUCUUGCUCUGUGUCGUUAGCGAUCUUGUAGGUGUUCUCUGUCAGGUCUGUAACCUUAGGUAGCUAUCUUAGGCUCCCUGUAUCAGGGCAAAAAGGUCACUCAAAUUAUGAGAGGCUGUAAAUAACGAAGAGACUACAGAUGACACAUUAAUAAACGCCAGACGUGUGUAAACCAGUUAGGGUGUUGCACAUUGGGGUGUGUGCGCCUGUUGUUAGCUUGCUACAAGACAGGACUUGCCAGCUAGAAAGUCCGCAUUAAUAUGGUUGCUGCUCCCCAAAAACAUUAGAUAUAUAGUUUCCCCAGCUGAUAAAACGUUAGAUCAGUAGUCGCCUUUAUUUGUGUGAACUCUUACCCUCUUGGGGGACUAAAGAUCAAGUCUGUGUUGACUGACUGCUUCAGUGCUGGAAUAGUUUGAUGGACGUGGAAGGCUGUUUGCCAGGUUAUCAGCUGUCUCAGUCAUGUAAAUCUUGACACAUGGCACCUUGGUCAGUACACAGUGCCUCCUGUCAGGUAUGUGUCGUUAUGUAGCUUUGGUGGACAGUUAGUGAAUGGAAUGUCUUGUCUAUUUUAUACUUGUUGGUAUAUUUUUUAUUUUCAUGUAUUUCAAACACAGGAGAGUCGCGUUGAAACAAAGUGGGAAAGUGGUGCAGCCCGGACAGGGUAGAGUGGACAAUGAUUAUUAGUUAGUGCCUAGAAGUUUAAAGGACUAAAAGUUCUGCCUACAUAUAGGCCACAGAUAUUGUAGACUGUUCAUUGGCGAUUGCAACGGACAUCUGCCGCUCUGGAUCAAGAAAACCUGCCCCUUGUAUCUGUUUGGAGUAACACUCUUAAGCCAAAAUCAAUGCCUUCAGCGCUAGCCAUCUUCGCCUGCCGACCCAACUCACACCCAUUCCAGGAAAGGCAUGUGUACCUGGAUGAGCCAGUCAAGAUAGGCAGGUCGGUGGCUCGGUGCCGCCCAGCCCAGAACAAUGCCACCUUCGACUGCAAGGUGCUGUCCAGGAAUCAUGCCUUGGUUUGGUUCGACCACAAGACUGGCAAGUUCUACUUGCAGGACACUAAAAGCAGCAAUGGGACGUUCAUCAAUAGCCAAAGGCUGAGUCGCGGCUCUGAAGAGAGUCCACCCUGUGAGGUCCUCUCCGGAGACAUCAUUCAGUUUGGUGUUGAUGUCACUGAGAACACGCGCAAAGUCACCCAUGGCUGCAUUGUAUCAACAAUCAAACUCUUUCUACCGGAUGGGAUGGAGGCACGCCGACGAAGCGAUGUCAUCCAGGCUCCGUUACCACUACCUGUAGACAAGGUUGCAGCCAACACUCCCAGUAUGUACUCUCAGGAACUGUUCCAGCUCUCCCAGUAUCUGCAGGAGGCCUUACACAGAGAGCAGAUGUUGGAGCAGAAGUUGGCCACUCUGCAGCGUGUGUUAGUCUCCACUCAGGAGGCCUCAGAGAGCAGCUGGCAGGCUUUGAUCGAUGAGGACCGUUUACUCUCCAAACUGGAGGUGAUGGGCAGUCAGCUACAGGCUUACUCUAAGUCCCAGACAGAGGAAGCGAUCCGUAAGGAGCUUUUGGCUCUUCAGGAGGACAAACACAACUACGAGACUACAGCGAAAGAGUCUCUGAGGAGAGUCCUGCAGGAGAAGAUCGAGGUGGUCAGGAAGCUCUCAGAGGUGGAGCGUUCACUCAGUAACACAGAGGAUGAAUGCACACACUUGAAGGAGAUGUCUGAGAGGAGCCAGGAGGAGCUGAGGGAGCUGGCUAACAAGUACAACGCUGCUGUCAAUGAGAUCAAAGAGCUCACAGACAAAAUCAAGUUGGCGGAGGGCCGACAGGAGGAGCUGACCCAGCAGGCAGCAAUGGAGAAGAAGGAGUUGGAGCUGCGGAUUGAAGAGAUGGAGGAGAAGGAGCAGGUUCUCCAGGCUCGCAUCGAAGCUCUGCAGGCCGACAAGGACUUCACCAAUGAGAGGCUUGCCGCCCUGCAGGUGCGGUUAGAGCAGCUGCAAGAGAAAAGCAUUAAAGAGAACAACAGUCUAGUAGUGGAGCCUGUCGAGAACAAACAGAGCCUGCAGACACCUGAGAACCAGGAGGAGGACGAGGAUGAGGAGGAUACAGACACAGAUGAUGGUGCAGUUGGUGAAGAUAUUGAUGACAACUGUCAUGUUAACAACAGCGGAGGAGACUCGACUAGAAUCCAACAGUUGAUUGAGUGUCCGCCAGUGAAACAGCUGAAGGAGACUGUAAGUUCCUCAAUCCACAAACUGGCCAACUUUGAUGAAGUGAUGGAUGCCCACCUACAGAACAACCAGACAGCAGAAGACGACAUCCUGGCCAGCCCUGAUCGUCUCAGAGGGAAUCAAAUGGAUGCCAAAGAGUCAGACAUGUCAGACACUCUAAGCCCCAGCAAAGACCGCAGCAGUGAUGACACCUCAGACGGCAACAUGGACGACCAGGAGCUGAAUGAACCACAGAACAGAGUAGCUCUGCUGAAAGCGGAGCUGCGUCGGGCCGGUUUAGAGCCUGGAGACACGGAGCAGGUCAUCCACCAUCUCCACAGAGAGCUUCUGGAGGCCCAGGAAUUAGCCAACACCGGCAAGCAGAAAUGUCUGGAGCUACAAGCUCUGUUGGAGGAGGAGAGGAGGAGUAACUCUAAGGUGACUGAAGAGUCGACCAAACAGAUCCAGUACCUGCAGACUCAGCUUGGGAAGCUGCAGGCUGACAUGGAGGCCCUGAGGGAGCAGAGGGAGAGCACCAUCUGCAGCACCAGAGAAGAGCUGUACUCUGCCCAGGAGGAGAUUCUCGUCCUACGGCAUGCCAUGGAGGCAGCCACGGCGGAGCGGGAGCGUGAGAUCGCUGCCCUGCAGGCUGACCUGGGCACCAUGCGGUCUGAGCUGGAGCACUGGAGGAACACAGCCGCCAAGUACGAAGAGGAGAUUAGCCGGCUGCAGGAGGCAUUCACACAGCAGCAGCAACAGCAGAGCUCUGCCAGCCAUCUGCAGGUGGAGUGUGUUACACUGCAGCAGCGGUGUGUGUGUUUGCAGCAGGACUGUGAUGGCCUGAGAGCUGAACGGAAAGCUCUAAUGGACAAACUGCACCACCUGGAGGCUGAGCUGAGCAGCACCAGGGAGCAGAGUCUGGUCCUCAGCACCAGUCUGGAGUCUCUGGAGAAGAGGGAGGAGGUUCUGCAGGGCAAACUGGGUUCUCUGGAGAACCAGCACCUGCAGGAUGCAAGCAGGCUGAAGAGCCAGCUGGAUCAGGCCCAGGCCAGCACACACACACUGCAGAGAGAGUAUGAAGACACACAGUCCCAGCUGGUGGAUCUCCGUCAGCGCUAUGAGAGGACAGAGCAGGAGAAGCUGAACAUCCACCAGGAGCUGGAGCAGUGCAGAAGCAGCCUGAAGGUGCUGCAGGACAAGACCGGCUCUAGCGGCUGGGGCCCCUGGAUGCCGGUCAUCGCAGCGAUGGUCGCCGUGACAGCAGCCGUCCUCUACCCCAACCUCUCCAAGAGCAGCUCCACCUAGGACACAAACACACACUCACGGAGCGCUGCGUGGAGAGCAUCACUGCUUUACUUGUAUAAAGUCUAAUUGUACAUAAUUGUAGAGGGAAUAUAAGGUUGUGGUUUCUACAGAGGAUUCAGAUGCGUUUUAGUUUAUUUUUUUCUGCGACGGGGAGUUUUGUUAUUUUUAUUCUCGGCUCUCUCUCAGCUGUGGUGGGGGCUUUUUGGUUUUUGUCUCUCUGCUGAUUUCUGGUUAACAACAUCUUUUCCAGCAGGCCGAACUUCCACAUACAACACCUGCCCAACGUAACGCUCACACCUGUCCCAUCAUAAACAGACAGGAUGGGGCGAACGCAGCACUUUCCAACAACCUCGGUGCAGUCAGGGGAACAUAGUCCAUAGUUAUCACUGAAAACUGACAGAAGGAGCAUCAGCACAUUCUUCAGUAUAUUGAACUGGUUGCUGCAGUCUCCUAGUGGGUGGUGUUUACCUGCAGCUCCAUCAGGACUGGUUGUAACUGAACAGACAGCCAAGACUGAGAGUUUCUGAUAUUCAGUGUCUUCACUGAGGAAGACCUGCAACACGCUCAUUAUCAAACCAGCUCCACGCCGGCUAACUAAACAUGUCUGACGCUUUCUUCAUGUCAUUACUUUAGCUGCUGAUGUUUGGUAGUACGCUCCAAAUCUGUUAACCAAAAUGUGGCAAAUGUCCUUUUUUUUCUUUUUUCUUUUUUUUUUUUUUUUACAGUUA